AUGCUGGUAUCUACCGAUUAUUGGCCCCUCAUGCUGCUGAGGAUCUUCAUGUGGAUGACAGCUUUGACACUGCCGCAGCUGUUGCAGCCAUAUUCUGGGGAUGGUCAGAGGAAGGCGAUCAUAGGCCUGUGCUGCCUGACACUGCCGGCUGCCUUUGCCGAAGUUCGGCUCACGCUGGCUCUUGUGGGGCUCCUUGGCCUCCCAGAUAAUGAGGUGGACGUUUUCCAAAAGCCGGGGCUCAUCGUCGUGUGCGUAGCGCUGGGUACGGGCACUUACCGAGUGGCGCAGUGCUAUGUGAAGAUUCGUCACCUGCAAGAUGUGGAGGCCUCCUCCCACGGUCUCGGGCCCUUGGGAGACAUCUCUGGCGAGGUCUUCGGGCCCAACGGCGUCCGCUGCGCGUUGAUUGCCAUUUUAGCUGCACAGUUUGGACUUGCUGUGGCCUACACCGACGUCAUAGUGCCCACAGUGAUGAAGAUGUGCGGGCUCACUAAGCUGACUGUUCAGCUGUGGGUGUUUGGAGUCUCCGGUGUCAUGAGCUUCAUCAAAGAGAUGAAGGGGCUUGCCUGGUUGUCCAUUGUGGCGCUGGUUGCCUUCAUGUACAUCGCCGUGGCCCUUCUGCAUUUCGGUAUUGUUGAGAUCCAGGCCGGUCGGGACAGUUUCGCAGACUCCUGGAUGCCGCUGCGCUUCGCAGGCCGCUACUUCCGGGUCGUGGUGUCACAGUACGCUUUUGCCGACAUGCAGCUGCAGGAUCCGGCCCCGUUCAAGAGGCGUCAGCGGGAGAUUCAGGGCGAAGAGAAGGUAGGUGCUGGCCUCCCGCAAGCACAUGACCACCUGAAAGCAAAGGAGGAUGGGUGCUUUGGCUUCGGCGUUUAUGGUGACGGAGUGUCCGAAAUCAUCUAUGAAAGCUUCCCGGCUGACUCCCUCGAUGUCCAGCUCUGCAAAGUGACGGUGUGCAUCGUGCAGCUUAUCAACUUCCAGGUUCAGAUGUAUCCGCUGUUCAUGGUGGGCGAU